AUGGGCUUUCGCUUGGGGAGAAUUGUAAAUGCUGUGCAAAGUCUUAAACUUUCUUCUCUAACAACAAACCAUGGAUCUUCAGGAGUCCGCAGAGGUUAUUGUGCAGUCUAUGUAGGGGAAAGCCAAAAGAAGCGGUUUGUGAUUCCAGUUGCUUACUUGAAUGAGCCCAUUUUCAGAGACUUGCUAAGUCAGGCUGAAGAAGAAUAUGGUUAUAAUCAUCCUAUGGGAGGCCUCACUAUUCCCUGCAGUGAUGAUACAUUCAUUGAUCUCAUCUCUCGUUUGAAUGAGUCAUGA